UUAGUUUCCUUUGCAUGUUAAAAAAACAAUUAUGCUGAGGACGGAGAGUUUUGAACUUAAUAUUUUAUUCAUGUCAGAUGGCAAAGAGGUUGAUGGAUGUUGCAAAGUCUGAAGGGCUUCAAGUCAAUGAGAUUGCUCUUGAGGAACUAGCAGAAAGAGUUAAUGGAGAUAUGCGGAUGGCAGUAAAUCAGUUACAGUAUAUGAGCCUCUCUAUGUCAAUUAUCAACUAUGACGACAUUAGACAACGGCUUUCUUACCAAUGCAAGGAUGAAGACAUUUCCACCAUCACGGCUGUUGAUAAGUAUAAUAUAUAAUUUUAUCUCUGACUAGUCUUUAAAAUCAUUAUAUACUGUUGAAUAUCUCAUGCCUUCGUUCGUAGCAUUAGAAUGUCAAUGGGCCUCCUUAAUGGACUAAACAAUUUUUUAUUCCCUUGGAAUAAAAUAUGAACUUAUUCAAAGGGAGAUUUUUCUGUGAGAAGUUUUAUAUGAUACGGGACUUGGGUGAAGGCAAAAUGGACUUUCAAUUGGUAUUCUGAGGAGUAAGAAAAAUAUGUUUAGGAUGUGAAAACUGAGUUGAUAUGGUUUAGACAAACAAAUGAAUUUUUUCUAUUAAAGUUGUUCUUUAAUGAAUAUGGUUCUUUCUCUUAAUUAUUUUUAUUUGUUCCAAUUAAUCAAUUGAGGACCCCUACACUCAUGUCAAUGUUGAUUUCUAGUGAUUUAUGUUGUUUUUUCACUAGUCGGCUCUGAUACAAGUGGGUGUGAUGACAUUUAUAAGGUUUAUACUUUAUAAGCUGUAGUUCUGUGAAUGUUUGCCGUUUCAUCAAUGAUCCAUUGGGAGGGGGGGCGGGGGGUGGUUGGAGGCGCUCUGCAUGGCUUAGAUUUCAUUCAAAUCUGAAGGAUUAACUGCUCAGAAGGUUGUGGCCAAGUUCAAUCUCACAACAACAUCUCUUUUCUUGUAGGCUUUUUGGUUUUAAUGCUGGGAAGUUGAAAAUGGAUGAGAGGAUAAACCUUAGC